AUGGCCGAUUUAGACGACUGGGAAUCCGCAGCCGAUGCCGGUGUCUUUGAUGCGCCUCCACCGGCCCAAACAAGCGACCGCGCGACUGGUGUUCCUGAAUCUGCGUGGCACCAGGACCGCCACGAGGCCGCAGAUGACGCCAGGCGGGCAGCAGCGCACGAGGAGCAGCGCCACGAGCGAGACCUGAGAUCGUUUCAAGAUUCACAAAAUGUUGCAAAACUUGCUCCGGAGGUCGCGAGCACUUUGCUUCCGUAUAUGCCAGCAGUUCGGAUAAUACGAAAACCUGCUACCGUCGUCGCGUCAGAGCAGCAACGUGCGCAGGCUGCGCGUGCAGCAAGUGAGCAGUCGCGAGCUGCUUCCAUGCUGAUGCCUUCUGAAAGAGAUGCCGCGUAUGCUGCAGCAAGAGAGCGCAUUCUCGGCGCUGCACCAGAGACACGACCAGCGGUGCAAGCAACACCUGUAACCUUGCGCCCACGAGAGCCCGUCGCCCCACCACAGUCACAGCUGCAAGCUCUGCCACAAGCGACUCGUCAACCAAGAGGCCCUUCAUCCGGUUCCGCCACUGGAUUUACACGAAGACAGGAUGAGAGCCGAUAA